AAUUAUCUGUGGACUGUAGAAAACUGAAACAAAUUUCAUCCAUCCAGUUGGGGUUAUGUUCUGUUCAGUUCUGCUGGUUCGUUGACUAGUAUUGUAUUUGUUUUUGAGUAAAAUCGGUGAAGAAAUAGUAUAAUAAAUUUUAUUAUCAAUAGUUAAAGCUGCAACUCCUAGUUAAGUUCUAAAUUGCUGUAUUUUAAAAAUUGAUAAUGGGUAAACAUAAAGAUCAUAAACGUAAAAAACAUAAAAAGGGCAAGAAGCAUAAGAAAGAAAUAAAGUACAGUAGUAGUUCUUCCAGUAAUUCUGAAGAUGAAUGGGUAGAGAAAGAACUAAUUAAAAAUGAUGAACAAGCUCUUGAAAGAGAAAGUUGGAUGUCAUUGUCAACCACUUUUAAUUCUUAUUCCAGUACUGAUAAGAGACAAGAUCGUGAAGAGCAAAGAAAACUUGAAAAACAAAAAUCUGUUUAUAAUCCUUGCGAAAGUGUCAGGGAAUUAAAUCCUUAUUGGAAGGGGGGUGGUGAUGGUAUGCCUUCUAUAAAAUUUAAAAGGCCACUUGAUGAUGGUGACAGUUUUCAAAAUCCUGGCAAUCAUCCCAUACAAAAAGACUCUGGUAGAGUUCAACCACAAAGUUCAUCUAAUUGGCGAAAAAAGACUGUUCCAGACCAUACAACUAACAGUGCAGAUACAUCUCACAAUUCAAAUGAUGAUAGUAAUAAACUUUUAAGUGAAAAUGAAAUGAAUGCUCUUGCUGCUAAAUUAGUAAAAGCUGAAAUAAUGGGAAAUAUACCUGUAAUUUAUGAACUUAGACAAAAACUUGAAGAUGCAAGGAAAGCAAAAGAAAAAAUUGCAAUGGAAAAUCAUUCUAUACUACUGACAGAAACCGACUCUAAAGGUUUUUCUCGCCCAUUUAAGAUGGAAUCAACAUAUGGGGAAUACUCAGGAAGUUCUCAUAAAAAACAAAAAGUUGAAACUCACAAAGACAGAGAAAGGGUAAGGUAUUUCCCAGAUGAUGAUAAGUACUCCCUCAAACAAAUGUUUGAAAAUGAAAAAUUCAACUCAGUUGAAGAUGAAGCUAGAGACUUUGUACGCCUCACAGGUCAAGUUGGAAAAAAUGAUGAUCUUGAUGAUCUAUUUACUGAUAACAUUAGAAGAAAAAAAUCAGAUGAGAGAAUUGAUAAAAGAAAUAGAGAUAAGGCAAUAAGGGAACAUGAACAGACUAUACAAACUAUAGAAAAUUGCACAAAAUGCAUACAAUCUGCAAAUAUGCAGAAGCAUUUAAUGGUUUCACUUGGAGAAACGAUUUAUCUUUGUCUUCCACAUCAUGAACCACUUACAGAUGGACAUUGUAUGAUCAUUCCAACUCGGCAUGUCUCUUGUUGUACUAACUUAGAAGAAAAUGAAUGGAGUGAACUGCUAAAUUAUAGAAGAGCACUAGUCCAAAUGUUUGCUAACAGAAAUGAAGAUGUCAUUUUUAUUGAAACAGCAAUGUUUCUAAGUAGACAUCCACAUAUGUCUAUUCAGUGUGUACCCCUCCCAAAAGAACAGGGAGAUCUAGCACCCAUAUAUUUCAGAAAGGCAAUUGAUGAAUCUGAAACCGAAUGGUCUUCCAAUAAGAAAUUAGUGUCAUUAGCUGGAAGAGAUGUGAGAAAAGCUAUUCCAAAAGGGUUACCGUAUUUUAGUGUCUCCUUUGGGAUGCAAGAAGGAUUUGCUCAUGUAAUUGAAGAUCAGAGGCUAUUCCCUGUCAAUUUUGGACAAGAAAUAAUAGGUGGAAUGUUGGACUUGCAUCACAGUAAAUGGAAGAAACCAAAAAAACAAAGCUUUACAGAACAAAAAGAUCGUGUUUUAAAAUUUUCACAAGAGUGGAAUAAAUAUGAAUGUGCAACUGGAUAAAAAAAAAUACACUUUUUUUAUUAACACUGUCCACAUUUUUCAGAAUUUCCUAGCGAAGCGCAUGAGGCGAUCAAAAAUCGAGCCCCGCAACAUAUUUAACCCUUAAUUUUCAGGAUAAAUGUGUCCUAAAUAAAUGUUGAAAAAUAGAAAAUAAUUUUCUCUCAGGGCAAGUUGUUUAAACCAGAAGUUUAUUACAUUCUGGCUUAACAUAAAAACAGCAACAAUCUGAUAUCAAGAUAAAUUAAUUGAAUGUACAAAACUUCCCCAUAAAUUUAAAAUUAAAUAUUUUAUUUAACUUUUAAUACUUUUAAAAUUAUGAAAUGCUGUAAAAUCACUAAAUGUUUUGGAAUGUAAUUUGUACUCCCAACAAAAUGAUUCCUCCACUUAUUGUUAGUAUAAUUUUGUUUUAUAAAAAUUAAAUUUUUAUGAAAAUAAAAAUGUAUUAUUUCAA